GUAGAUAGUCACAACGUUUAGUAGAUCUGCGGUGGGUAAAGUGUAUAUCUUAUACCUUGUCAUCGGCAGCACGCGCGAUAAGGGGGGUUAACUUUACUGGACGACUUGGACUUACUCCUAUCGUCUCUGCGGGGGAGAUUGCAUCACAUAUACCUAAUGUAUAUGCCCAGCUUGUCCUUGCAUUACUGAAAACAUCUCCUUACCUAACUGACCUACAUAUUCAACCUGAUAGGUCCCCGGAUUGUUUCCUAGUUAUUAUCUCCUAACUCGCACCACCUUAUCUUCUCUGCCGCCGCUAGUGACGCAGCCGACAACGGUCAUGAGCAACGAGCAUACUUGGUCGUCGGCAUCAAGCCCGAGAUAUCUCCUGUCUUGGGCUUUCUCGUCCAAUUUUCUCGAUUAGGUUGCUGUUGUUUUGGCUUAGCUUAGUUGGCUUAAAAUUAGCCUCGUCGUCCUAGAAUGAGAUGCGGCCGAGAACGGUAUAAGUGGCUAAGCGCCCUGUCCUACAUAUAUCUAGAUGUUCGGCUUUUUCCUCUGAACCUAGUGUUUCCGAUCUAGAAUUACGAAGUGAAUCGGAAGUCGGCUUCGAUUCAAAUCCUUUGUAUAUAAUUGCAACAUUCAAGGUACGGUAGUCUCUACGAUGUUUGGCCAGGAGGACGAGCAGGUAUGCGGGCAAACAAGCCAGGGCUAUAAGAGCUUGUGGGGGCUGAGUAGCGAUUGCGCUUCUACGACCAAGGCCUACUGGGGUAGACUCUCUUCCCAAGACCAUCUGAAAGAAUCAAUCUAUGCUGGCACGCUCGCGCUCGUGUUAUUAUCCACGAUAUUAGUAUAUAUAGUUCGGAGACAGAGACUCAACAAGCACGACACGCGCCCGUCUACGCCAACCACGCCAGGACUUGAGAAGGCGGCAUCGAGGAGAAGUAAUACUCAAGGUCGCGAAUGGGGUAAAUGGGUUCCAUCGGACUUUCGCAUGCCGAAGCCAGACCCGUAUCCAGACUGGUCGGUCGAGCACACGAAACCGCUCCCAUACAGGCCGUUUCGGUAUGGCCCCAAAUACAAUGUAACCAUGGGACUCCGAUCGGUUAAACAUGUCGAUUGGAUUGAGCUGGAUAAUCACUUCCCACGGUACCACGCGGACAAGGCACGGCGCAUCGAGGAGCGUGGCCAUAAGUGCUGUAGGACAGCGCCCGAGGCGUAUCCCGCUGCGGUAGAACUUCUUGAAGAUCUAGUUGACUACCUGCCGGCGCGAUACCCGUCGCUGUACAAGCGGACGGACGUCGGGAUUGACAACCUCUGGUCCGGCGAAAGCUUUGAUAUCGUAACGCGGCCGUUAGCAGAGGACCCGAUGCAAAUAUCAGCCCGGCUAGUACAAGACGACCUAGCGAUCAUGAUUGAGAAGCCGGAUGGGCAGUAUUAUCUUCUAGCAGGGGCAGUCUUGCUGCCAGGAUUUUGGCGACUGGAAGAUAAGUACGGUAUGGCGCUGCCGGAGAUCCACACGUCCGGGGAUGUACCGCAGUUCCGGGAGAAGCUAGAGAAGGGCAUGUUAAACUUCUUCCGACGGCUGCGGCCAGAUGAGAUGGUGGCGCGUAACAAUUACUUCCUGCAAGUGGACGACGAUCUGGGAUGGUCUUGGAGUAUCGGGUCAGAAGACGCGCCAGAGGUGAGUUGGAACACAGCGGAGAAGAAUCGCGCCGUCAAACACCAUUAUUUCCGCUCUGAAAGACAGACGCUGCGACGGCUGCCGCGGACAGGAGGCGUGGUAUUCACAAUCCGAACAUAUUUCCACCCGAUCACAGAGAUUGCCGAGGAGGAUUACGUACCGGGGCGGUUGGCGAGCGCGGUAAGGAGCUGGGGGGAUGAUGUGAGCCGGUAUAAGGGGAAGGAAAGGUACGGAGAAGUACUACUAGAGUACCUGGACAAGAAGCAUGAGGAGCAGAUAGCGAGGGGGUUGGACCUCAGUCGCGAAGAUGAGGUUCGAGCGUAUCCAUACUAAGGUCUGGUUACCGUGAAUGCCUUGGCUUUAUUUUGUUUAAGCUAAGUAUCUAACAAUGAGAAAGAAUUUGGAUUUAUCGUAAUUAGUACCUAGGUCCUAGGCAUACUUCCAAGUCAGGUUUGAAUGUG